GAUUGACAAGUCGAUUCCUGUCAACUGUCAAUCAGGCUAGAGUGACGACGAGAGUGACCCGUAUCCACUGCACGGUACAAAUUUAACCCGCGUCGUUGAAAAGGUUUAUUAGGCGUUGCCUGUUUAUUUGCUCUGGCCUUCAAGCCAACAAGUGACGUCGCGAUGACUACGUCUACUUCGUUCCUACACCAAAAUCGUCGCACACAAACAUAGACUGUGCGCACAACGCGGCGUCGACACUUCCCACACCCCGAAACAGAGUGACGUUAGUUCAUCAAAUUUUGCAAACACUCUCUGCACGCCAUCAAACGCCAACGCACCUGAGUUAGACACGCCCGUCUUCCAGAAGCUUCUCUUGAACGUAAUUUCGAGGGCAUUCAGGAUGUUUCCAGCUGGAGGAUCAUUUCGAGGUUCAAAAGGACCCUGGUUUGCACAAAACGUGACGAAUUUACUUGCCACACCAGAACUGACCGAAUCACAUGAUUCUUUGUUGACCUCGACUGAUCCUAGCAGAGAUGUACAACAAGUGAAACGUUCAUUCAAACCUGGUUAUGCUGUCAGGCCAAAACUCUCACCUAAAAUACUGAUUGACCGAUACAGGCAAGGGGAGUCAAAUGCUGUGUCCUUACUCCAUCAGCUCGCCCAGAUUUUGCCAUUCCACCUGGAAAUGAAAGAGACUGUGACCACAGGCAACUUACCAGGGCUUUAUUUUGCCUUUUGUGUGGUAAUUGAUGGGGUCGAGUACAAGACUGGCAUGGGAAUAACCAAAAAGGAGGCUCGCCUCAAAGCGGCGGAACUCGCUGUGCAGGAGCUGCUGCCCACUUUGGAAAGUGGGAAGUCUGUGCUCCCUGAAGUAUCAGGUGUCCCUCCACCCCUGCCAGUAAAAGAGGAACCUUCCAUUUCUGGCAACCAUCCGUGUAGAGCCACUCACGAAAGGAAGAAUCCUGCCAGUCUACAGGUUCCACACGCUGUCAGGGAUCAGCUCACUAAACUGAUGAACAGCCACCCAGAGUUCUCUGCCUGUGCAGGCACCACAGCAGCGUUCAUCGUUCAGACUUCCAGUGGAUGUGAGGUGGUUGCUUUUGGUACUGGGAACUUCAAUACCAAAGAGAGUGCCUCAUCCAGUGGACGGGUUGUACACGAUUCCCAUGGAGUGGUAACUGCAAGGAGAUCACUUAUGAGGUUUCUAUACCGGCACCUGCUGAUGUUCUUUAGCAAAACUGCCAAUCUGACGGAGAAGUCGAUCUUCCAGCAGAACAGCAGCAGCGGCCUCCUCAGCCUGAAGAGCGGCAUCACUCUCCACCUCUAUGUGAACCAACUUCCAAAGGGCGCCGCUCAGAUCCCUUCCAAGCUGCGCCUAAACCCACUCUCUAUUUCGGCAUGGCAAGUCAACAACGAGAUCAGCCUGCACCUGUCAGUGGAAGGCAAGGUGUUCUCAGUUUUUUCGUCGGCCUUUGAUCACUCUGCCUCCAAGGUGGUCAGCAUGUCCACCACAGACAAGCUCACUCAGUGGCAGGUGCUAGGAUACCAGGGAGCCUUGCUCAGCCACUUUAUCGAGCCCAUCUAUGUCCAAAGCAUCCUCAUAGGUGACUCUUGCUGCAGUGAUAUCCGUGGUAUGGAGAUCUCUGUGAGCCAGCGCGUGGAGGGGAUCACCUCCCAGCUGCCCAUGUUCUACUGCAUGAUGAGGCCACGCAUCAGCCUGGCGCCUUCUGUGGCUACCAACAGCACCAACAGUGGCCAGAUGACCUACAGUAUCAACUGGAGUGAAGGAGACAGCUCACUGGAGGUUGUGGAUGGCCUGGAGGGCAAGACCAUAGAGGAAUCUCCCUUUAAGAGUGGCUCUGCUUUGGCAAGCCGACUGUGCAAAGCAGCGAUGCUGCACCGCUUCAAGUUGGUGGCCAAAGAGGCCCAGAGGCAGGACCUGCUGGCCACAGGCUCCUACAGAGAAGCCAAGAGGAUGGCGAAGCCGUACCAGGAGGCCAAGAACGUGCUGAGGGCAUACCUGUUGCAGCAGGGGUUUGGUUCCUGGCUUGUCAAGGUUUCGGUCAGUGAUAACUUCAGCAUGUGAAUAAAAACACAUGAUCAUUGGGGGGGGGGGGAUACUCGAAGCAACUGUAUUCCAGCAUUUUAUAACUAACUUUAAUUAGCAAGAAGCACUUGUUUUGAGACUUUACCGUGAUGGUCAUAAGUAGUUUCUGUUGUGGUUUCCAAAGGGAUUAAACUAAAUCCCUGUUUACGUUUAAAGAACAGUUUUCAGUUUGUGAACUCUGUGGUUGUUGACACUCAGAGUUGGGUCUGAUUUUCAAAAGAGGAAUACAAAUACAAAAAAUUUGUAAAAUUAAGUUUUCGAAGCAAACAAGUAAUGUUGUAGCGUACUAUGGGUCUUUAUCAGGGUAAUAGUUCUGCUUCCUUCAGUUGACGUUGAUGAGAGCAUGCACUAUAUACACUGUUUAGAAUAGUUUUAUGCUAUUGUGUGUAAUGGAAAUGAACGUGUAGAAUGUAUGGUCAUUGGUACUUCUUUUGAACUCCGCCUUUAUAUUCCAAAGUGCUUUGAACUAUGACAAGUAAGUUAUGUUACUAUUGUUACAUAAAAAGUCCUGUGUGUUGGUCACACUAAAAUUGUUUGUGUUUAGGGAAAAAAAAAAAAAUUUAGCGAUUUGAUUUAACGCUUUAUACUGUACAGCGCUUAUUUGAGCCUUAGUAAGCCAUUGCUAAUGCAAGGAUAUAAAUAAAUGAAUAAAAUAAAUCCAUCCAAAGUCA